AUGGCCGGACACGGGCCGGAGGCCACAAAGGAGGCUCGCAGCGACGAGGAAGUCCACCCGGAGCCAGCGAAAGACACACGAAGGAGCGAAGACGCUCAGCCCGAAAGUCUUUCUGCGCAGAAACCACGGAGAGGAAAGUGCAAAUGGUUUAACGUUACCAAAGGAUGGGGAUUCAUAACGCCACACGAUGGAGGACCGGACAUCUUCGUCCAUCAAAGCGUUAUUCAAAUGGCGGGCUUUCGGUCGCUCGGCGACGCCGAAGAGGUGGAAUUUGAGUGCAAAAUGAGCGACAAGGGCCUCGAGGCGACACGCGUGACGGGUCCCUCGCUGGAGGACUGCCACGGUAGCACGUUCCGGCCCGCGGCGCGGCGCCGCUACCGGAAGAUGCGCUGCUACAACUGCGGCGAAUUCGCGAACCACAUCGCGGCCAAGUGCCAGUUGGGGCCACAGCCAAAGAAGUGCCACCACUGCAAGAGCGAGGAGCACCUGAUAGCCGACUGCCCGGACAAGUCCGCCACGGCGUCGAAGAAGUCCUCCUCCUCCUCCUGAUGACGCACCCCGGCCGGCUGCCUUCGCUUGAGUGGUGAAUAUUCCGUGUCGCGUAUAGAUGUGUGUCCCGGAGGUAGCGCGGGGAAGUCCGUACUAAAAUCGUGUGUGCUAAAGUGUGCGAAAUUCCACCGAACUUUUCCACCCCUCGACAUUAUGUAUUCCUAAAACUUCCGCUUAUAUACACAGAGUUUUAACACUUGAAAGAUGGAUAAACCAAGUUUAACUGAAUCUUUUGCUUUCGAUUUCCUUUUCUUUCCCCCCACAAAA